AUGUCCCCAAAACCAACCCCUCAAAAACUUCCCCCCCUCCUCAAACUCAGCAAUCCAUCAACCUCCUCCUCAGUCUCUACCCCGGCAACAGCCAGCGCCAGUGCUGUCCGCUGGCAAGCCGUCGUAGCCCGCGAUGCAAGCGCCACCGGCUUCGUCUACGCAGUGAUAACAACGAAGAUUUACUGCCGCCCAUCAUGCUCGGCGCGUCUCGCGCGACGCGCAAACGUCGAGUUCUAUGAUACUCCGGCUCAAGCUGAGCGCGCCGGAUUCCGAGCAUGUAAGCGCUGCAAGCCGGAAAGUCUGAAGCCUGCUGUAAAUCCGCAACUUGUGUCCGUGCAGAGGGCUUGUCGCACGAUCCGUGAGGAUAUUGGUGCAGGGAGGAAGCCGACUCUGGGGAAGAUUGCCGGGGAAGCGGGGCUGACGCCAAGUCAUUUCCACAGGGUCUUCAAGAGGGUUAUGGGGGUUACGCCGGGGAAGUAUGCGGAGGGGGUCUUGGCUGAGAGAGUUAAUGCUGCCAGUGGUGUCGAUAGUGAUGGUGUGGGUUGGAUUCAAGGGGAGGUGAGGGAGAAAGGGGGACCAGCAGACGGGAUUGGCGGAUAUGGGAAUGAGAAUAUCACCCCCAUGUUUUUUCAACCUUGGGAUGACAAGGUGUGCAGGGACUUGGAUGCUUGGUUGAUGGGUGGGAACUGGGGUGAUACGGCUGGGGCUAUUGGCGCCGAUGACAAUUCCUCUAUGUUAUGGAAUGAUUUCGAUGAUUUGAUAGCUGCGGAAGCCCAGUUCGGAUCGGGAGAGAGCUCCGGUUGGCCAUUGGGAGGGGACACCUCUAGUGGUGACUCUCCGGGUCCUGAGAUACUUCAUGGUGGGCGGACUUCCUCAUCUGCUGGUGGUUAA